ACGAGAAAUGCCCAGUUGAUCUAACUCCGCUUGGAUGUAAACAAUUUUGUUCUUUUGUUUUUCUAGAUAAUAGAAUGAUGUAAACAAAUAUUUCGCUUUCUGUAGUUGAAAACAUGGCAGACGGCAAAGUUGUUAACAAGUUCAGAACGAGUUCUCAUUCAGCAUUUAAAAAACUUAAAUCUUCUCGACGAGAAUAUUCAGAGGAAAAUAAGACUGACGUGGAAGAGAGAGUAAGCGAAUCGGAGAAUCACGAAGAUGUUCCGAAUGAUGUCCCGAUUAAAGAGAGACAUCCAUUUAGUGUAGAAUUUUUAAUACAAAAAGAUAAAUUUAAAAAGACCGACAAAGAAUGUGCCAAUUAUUAUGACUCUUCAGAUUCCGAAGAUAGUUUAGCCUCGCCAAGGACAUCUACUCCGCAAACGUCUACGCCAACGUCUCCAGUUCCAGCACCUGUCAACAGACCGUCUUUUAGUGUAGCCGAUAUUUUAGGGAAGUCACCUGGUAGCAGUAUUACCUCACCACCCGUACCCUCAUUACACCAUGUUAACAGUGAUGGAAAAUGGGGGUUAACAGCCCCGUCCCCAAUGACACCCGCAUGGUUCUCGGUUCCGGCUUUAACAUCACGUACAGGUAUGCCGUCUCCACCCAGAUUACCAAAUAAAUGCGCUUUAAGGAAACAUAAACCAGAUCGUAAACCUAGAACACCGUUCACUACGAGUCAACUUCUGGCAUUAGAAAGAAAGUUCCGAGAAAAACAAUAUUUAUCAAUAGCUGAACGAGCUGAAUUUUCAGCUUCAUUAAAUCUAACAGAGACACAAGUUAAAAUCUGGUUUCAAAAUCGUCGAGCAAAAGCUAAAAGACUUCAAGAAGCAGAACUAGAAAAGAUAAGAAUGGCAUCGAAACCAAUGUUACCGCCAACAUUUGGAAUAUCUCUUCCAGGUGCUGGAUCUUUGCCAGCAUCGUAUCUAAGUCGUCAUUUUUUUCCACCAACAUCUUUAGCGGGGUUUGGACUCUAUGGUGCUCUGUAUCCACAUUAAUUAUGUGUCAAGAAUCAAUACAAAUUAUAUAAAUGAACAGUUUAUCUGUAAAGGAUGUGGAAAGAUCAAUAUGUGUGGGUGUUGUAAUAAAUUGGUAAACAUCUCAUGACCCAUCUCAUGACUAAUCUUACUGCUCCUUAAAGACAGACACACGUAUCACACUAAGUAUUAUUAACCGGACGGGUUUGACAUAUCCAAAUAUCUAUUUUACUUGUUAAAUUAGAAAAAUAAACAGCUAGAAAUCAUGCAGUCGACAGUCAUGAAAUGUUUGAUCUGUAUAUGUCGUGAACAUAAAAAAAGUGCUGCCCAUGUUUUGUUUAUACUAUGUUUGUAUGUUACAAGUAAAAAAUAUAAUCACAACUGAUAUUAUGUUUAUUUAUUCCUAACACUGUUCGCUGGGAUGGCCCAUGGCUCAUACCUGGUCUCCAAAAGAG